GGGAAGCGUGUGGAGUCGGGGAUUGGGGCGUCUGUGGGGGGGCAGUGAGUCCUGGGGGGGCAGGAGACAAGUGUUUAUGUGACAAAGGCCUGAGAUAUUGUCAGUCCCAGACUGGUAGUGAGGGGGUUAAUCUGAGUCAUCACUGACCCCCCCCACUGCACCUUCACAAUCUCAUUUAUAUUUAAUGGGACCUUCUCCUCCUCAGACACCGACACCCCCGCACCCCCUGAGCUGAGCCCCCACACCAGAGGGGUCUGUAACGGUGUCUUUGCCUCCCGCAGGGAAUCCCAAGUGGGUCGUUGAGCAGAGAGUGGGGGGGCUACAAUUCAUGCGUCACUGCCCCCCCCCCGCGUGUCAAUCUAUUGAGUUUCCCAGGAGGGACCAUGACUCCAGCAUCCGGGGGCCAUUGGAUGGAUCUGCCCCCCCAAUAGGAUCUGAUGGAAAGCAGAGCAGGUGCCGCGUCAUGUCUGGGCCCCCCCAGUAACACUAAGCCCCCCAGUGACCAGCCUGAGCCCCCCAGAGAAAGAGGGGGGGCGAGUGCGAUGCUGAACUGUAACGUCUCUCCCAGAGUCAAGUUAAGGUUCCUCAGAAGGUUUGUCCUGGACUCGGACCCAGACGAGCCCCCCCCUGUGUUGGAUUUAACUGGGCCCCACAACAAGCUCAUCCCCAUCUCCAGGGCACGGAGAGCCAUUGCCAAGAAGUCUCAGGGGGUCAGCGACCCGGGACUGGACAAUGAAGUCUCCGAAUCUAAAGGUUCUUCUACUAAAGGGGGCGACGCAAAAGCAGAACCGGAUCAACCCGGGGACCCUGAGAAUAAAGAGAAAGCGGAAACCCCCCAAGAUGUCCCAAAGUGCAGAAAAGAGAAGGAAGAGGAGGAUGAGGAGGAGGCCGAUAUAAAGGCCGUCUCUACCUCUCCCCAUGGAAGGUUUCUGAAGUUUGAUAUUGAAAUAGGAAGAGGCUCCUUUAAGACGGUCUAUAAGGGGUUGGACACGGACACGUGGGUGGAGGUGGCCUGGUGUGAGUUGCAGGACCGUAAAUUAACCAAAUUAGAGCGUCAGAGGUUUAAGGAGGAAGCGGAGAUGUUAAAGGGGCUACAGCACCCCAAUAUCGUCCGUUUCUAUGACUUCUGGGAAUCCUGUCUGAAAGGAAAGAAGUGCAUCGUACUCGUGACGGAACUCAUGACAUCAGGGACACUAAAAACAUACUUGAAGAGAUUUAAGGUGAUGAAGCCAAAGGUCCUGCGCAGUUGGUGCCGGCAGAUCCUGAAAGGGUUAAUGUUCCUGCACACGCGAACCCCUCCCAUCAUCCACCGGGACCUCAAAUGCGACAACAUCUUCAUCACGGGACCCACCGGCUCGGUGAAAAUCGGAGACCUCGGCCUGGCGACCCUGAAACGCGCCUCCUUCGCAAAGAGCGUAAUAGGGACCCCCGAGUUCAUGGCCCCCGAAAUGUACGAAGAACAUUAUGACGAAUUAGUGGAUGUUUACGCAUUUGGGAUGUGCAUGCUGGAAAUGGCGACCUCGGAAUAUCCGUACUCGGAAUGCCAGAACGCCGCGCAGAUCUACCGGAAAGUGACCAGCGGGGUGAAACCGGCGAGCUUCGAUAAAGUGGCGGAUCCGGAGAUCAAGGAAAUCAUCGGCGAGUGCAUCUGUAAGAAUAAAGAGGAGAGAUACGAAAUUAAAGACUUACUAAGCCACGCCUUCUUUGCGGAAGACACGGGGGUGCGGGUGGAGCUGGCGGAGGAAGACAACGGUAGAAAAUCCUCUAUUGCUUUACGGCUGUGGGUGGAAGAUCCAAAGAAGCUGAAAGUCAAACCCAAAGAUAAUGGCGCCAUUGAGUUCACUUUUGAUCUGGAGAAGGAAACUCCUGAGGAUGUUGCACAAGAGAUGGUAGAAUCCGGGUUCUUCCAUGAGAGCGACGUGAAGAUCGUGGGCAAAUCAAUAAGAGAUCGAGUAGCGCUGAUCCAGUGGAGGAGAGAGAGGAUCUGUCCAGGGAACGGUGAGAAUGAGAUCUCGGAGAAGAUGCCGGUAGUGCAGCUGCCACUCAUCCCAUUGGCAAACUCUUCCCAAAUUGCCCAACACAUCCCCUCUGAGCCCGAGGAACUGGACACCAACCAGCACUUGUUUCACAACAAUCUCACAACCAACAUCACAUCCAUUGCCUCCGACGGCACAUUUGACAGCGGCCAGGGCUCGGCUGUAUAUCCGGAAUCUCAGCAAAGUGUCAUCUAUUCCUCUCUGCCAGACUCUCUGCCUCCGGCCAUCCAGAGGGUCUACAGCCCCCCCAUCAUGGAGGGUCAGACUGUGCCGCAAACCCAGCAUUUUGGGCAGUACCAGCCUCCCCCCACGCCUGGGAUUCAAGUUGCUACUGGCUCCCUUCCAUCUCUAAGUCAGCAUUACCAAGAUCCCAAUGCCCAGUACCCGGUGGUGCAAGGAAAUACCAUUCCUGCUGUGCAGUUUGCUCAGUUGCAGCCAGGGUUACCCAGCCAGCUUCCUCCGUACCCCCACAUUCCAGCAGUUACUUCUCUCACAGGAUUUGAGACUCUCCCCGCCAAUCUCUCUGACUUUCCUGCUGUCUGUAUCACCCCGCUACCUGCCCCCUGUCAGUACUUGCCUCCAGGCGUGGUGGUGGCCAAUGUUCCUAUGACCCCUGCAGUAGCCCCACCUCUGCCUAUGCAAGCCAUCAAUCCCCAGUUGGUGCUGCCAUAUGAGACUAACAUAGUCCAAAAUCUGCUGGUGGGCACCGUUCCAUUACUGGCCAUGGCAGCAGCUGGUGUGCAAAUGUUACCCACCCCACAGGUCAUUUCCCAAAACCCCCAAGUUCAGCCGCUCCAGGCAUCCUACCCACCCAUCAUUCAGAGUGAUGUUCCUUCUCAAAAUGUCUCCCAACAAGUAACAGCUCCACCUCCUCAACGCCACCAUCUGAAAACUGCUCAUCCCUCUGACCAGGCCUCGGCCGGGACAAGUAACCAGGCUGUUGGUCUCCCCCAGCCUCCUCUGGACGUGGCAGUUGCAAUGAUGUCACCACCAGUGCAGUUUACAGGAGAACUUGCCCCUCAGGACCACAUCACCCCUGCAUCGUACAAACACACAGAUGUACCUGCGACUCCCCAGACUGAGGGUCAUCAGCCCAAAACUUCACUGCCACCAGCCCAUCAAACUCACUACCAAUCCCAACGGCCUUCUGGGGAGACCAGCACAGAGGAGCCGCCUGUGCAGGAAAAUCUAGUGAGCUCAACACAAAGUUGUGAUAACUAUGCAGGUUCAGAUGCAGCAUCUGGUAGGGAGAUGAGUGAUGGGGGAGAAGGGGUUCAUGGAAAACCAACCAAAAAGCAUCACCGAAGGUCUUCCCGGACCCGAUCCCGCUCCCGCCAAGAGAAGGCUAAUAAACCCAAGCUGACUAUUCUUAAUGUUAGUAAUACUGGUGAUAAGAUGGUGGAAUGUCAGUUGGAGACACACAACCAUAAAAUGGUAACGUUCAAAUUUGAUUUGGAUGGCGAUGCACCGGAUGAGAUUGCCACAUACAUGGUGGAGAAUGGAUUUAUUCUGCAGAUGGAGAAGGAGAUCUUUAUUGAGCAAAUGAAGGAUGUUAUAGACAAGGCGGAAGACAUGUUAAGUGAAGAUACGGAGGGGGAGAGAAGCUCGGACCAAGCUGCGAGUCUUCAGAAAGUGGAUUCUCAUGGGAAAGAGACGAGUGAGGAAAAGGCCCCGAGUCAAAUGAAAACUCCGGUUUAUCAACAAAAUGUUCUACAUACUGGGAAGCGGUGGUUUAUUAUAUGUCCAGUGGCAGAAACUGCCGGUUCCUCCCUGCCAGAAAUGCCCCUAACUCCCUUAAUUACCCAGCAGCCAACAGACCUCAAAGAUCCGACAGUCUGCGAGGAGUCCGUAUUUGCUACAAAUGCCGAUAAGUCAGAUCUUGCUGUGACGCAGAACAUACUGUGUGACAAUGCCAGCGCCAUUCCUGCCUCAAGGACACAAUCUUCUUCUACAAUAUCUUCCUCAGAUCUGCAAACCCAGACAGAACUGUCUAUUUCUGCUCUUCCUGAGUCUCUCUCAUUCCUCCAAGAAGAACAGAGUCAUUUCAGUCCUCCUGCAGUUACACAGCCUCUAAUGGACUCUACUGCAGCCUCUCUUCUUUAUGAGGCUGACAGAGCGGAGGCCUGUGAGAGCCUGGAGCCCGAAAAGAAACCUAGUUCUCCAACUACUGAUCCAGCUUCCAGCAAAGUAAAUUUAACAGAACCGGCACAAGCAGUCAUUUCCCUUUCCAAAGAAGACAGACUGGCUGCUCACCAAGAACAAACUGUAGAUCUACCCCCAGAGCAGAAUUCAUUGUAUGUAUCCAGUAUUGGUUCUCCUCUUGUGAACUCUAUCAAACCAGAUGUCCCCAUGCCCAGUUCCUUGGCUCCUCAGGAAUGCCAGCCACACCCUGAUUCUGAUAUUUCCACACCACUGAAACCCGUGCCAGCUGCUAAUCAGUCUCUGGUUCUACCAGUUGGUAGCUCAUCUUGCCCACAGCCUAGUAUUAGUGAGUCGGAUGGGGAAGGCCCCCCAAGGGUAGAGUUUGCUGAUGACACUAUUAAAAGCUUAGAUGAAAAGCUUCGCACUUUGUUGUACCAGGAAUACGCCCCUGCCAAUGUUUCUGCCGGAACCCCAGACAACUGUUCUGAAGCAGAAAGUGGAGCAGAGGGAAUUCAUGGGCAGCCGGGUAAUGGAGAGACCGUCACUGAAUCCAGAAACCUCUCCCAGUCCAUCUCUGAGCCCCAAGUGAAAGCAACGGAACUCGGUGGGAUUGUCACUGAGAAAAGUGCCAACGAUUUACCAAACCACAAGAUUCAGACUGCACCUCCAAACCAUUCCCAGAGGAGGGAUUCUGGCACCCGGAAGACUCUGAAAGAAAGUGCCGAUGACGCUUCUCCAAAAAGGAGGGAGACUCCUGACAAGUCCUCCAAAAGCAUUGGCAGGUUCUCCCUUGUGAGCACAGAAGAUGACGUCACAAUGAUCUCUCUAAAUUACAUGAGAUUUUCAGCCCCACCAGAUGUCUACCUGGAUCAAUCUCCACCACAACCAGCCAAGCCCUCUGUCCCUAGAUCUCACACCUCAUCCCCCAUCAGCUCUCUGUUCUGUGGCCAUGUUUCCAGUGAUUCUGAAAAUGAUGUCCCUCACUCCAAAUCCAAAGAUGCUCUGCCAUCUACCCCCAGUAAAGGGGGCACCAACGACUUCAUGAAGAAGGCAGCUGCUUUCUUGCAUCGCUCUGGAAAGGCCAGUACCCAAAGCCCAGACUCUACGAAAGGCCAAGUCAUAAAAAUCCCUUCCAUAAACGUGACUUCUUUCCAUUCGCAGUCCUCCUAUAUGAGCAGUGACAAUGACUCAGAGUUUGAAGAUGCCGACAUGAAGAAGCAACUGCAGAGCCUCCGGGAAAAGCACAUUAAAGAAGUAACUGAACUGCAAGUGCAGCAGAAGAAGGAGAUUGAGGCCUUAUACCUUAGGCUGGGGAAGCCUCUGCCGCCCAAUGUGGGAUUCCCGCAUGCGGCACCCCCUAGUGGCCGCCGGAGGAGGAUCAGCAAAAAUAAGCUGAAAACUGGCAAACUGCUCAAUCCGUUGGUGCAGCAGUUAAAGAAUUCAACCAACAGUCCAAGUCGCAUUUCCCCAGAAUGCAAUGGUUCCCCUGCUAAGGAUCCUGCGAAGCUUCUCGCAGGCUGCACUGCAGGAACCUCGCCAAGCCAUGUUGUACAGACGCAGCAGCCUUGCUCUGUGAAGGUCACCAUGUCGUCCGAUAAUAUCUGUUGUGGGGUCGUCCGGGACGGUGUCGAUGUGCAGAGCAGUUCAAGCCAAGGCUGGACGGUUUACCACCAAACGUCUGAGAGAGUCACCUAUAAAUCUAGUAGCAAACCUCGUACCCGAUUCCUCAGUGGACCUGUGUCUCUGUCCAUCUGGUCCACCCUGAAACGCCUGUGUUUAGGCAAAGAUCACAGUAGUAGAUCUUCGACAAGCAGCCUUGCAACUGCCCCCGAGGCCUCAGCGCUGCCACCGAUGAACAUGCAACCAAUCCAACCGCAGGCCAAUAACAGCAAUAACAACAAGAAAGGAAUGUUCACGGAUGACCUUCACAAGUUGGUGGAUGAGUGGGCCUGCAAAACUGUUGGUGUGGCACACUUUAAACCAUCGUUGAACCAACUAAAGCAGUACCAGCAGAGACAAGAUCUGGAGCCUAAGUCUAAGCCCAACGACCUGUGCGACAUGAAUUGUGCCGUGCCAGAGUCCAGAAAGAGAUACAGCAUUCCUAUGGCUGCCCCUUCAUCUGUACCACUGGCUUCAGUCCACUCCUCCUCUGUCCCAGUAACAGUUCCAGAAGCUGUGCAGCCUGGUACCUUUAUGAUGCCCUUUUGUCCAUAUGCAGCACCAAUGUACAACAUGCCCUGGGCAGGAGCUGCUGAGCAUGGGACUGCAGGCAAUCAGAUCAUUUCCCAAGUAACCCCGAUAGGCAACCAAAUAUUCCCUGUGGCACUGCAGCACUCAGGUCUGCAUCCUGCUGGAUCCAACAUGCGGAUUACGUAGUUCAUUGCCUUGUUUCCUUUUAGUUUCAGCUUUAAAAGUGUUUGAGCCAAUCAGCUUCAUGCUAUUUAUUAUUUUCUAUAUUUUCCCCCUCCAUUAGUGUUUUCAAGGCCUGCUGUGCAGUGCAAUUAUAUUGCAGCGCUUUUACGCCAUAUAAAGGUUAUUUGGAGACCGUGUCUUGCUGGUAUCCAGUCCAAGCCAAACGCUCACCUAAGCACCACCCACAUCACUGUGAAAGUCCGCCAGCUAGUCACAUGAUCACAGCAACAGCCCCUCCCUACUGCUGCAAACACUUCUGUACUUCGAUUUCCCACAAUCCUUUAUGUAAACUGCCCUUUCUGCUCCAAUUCUGGGUGGUUUAGUGCCUUGAGAUGUCUGAAAGGAUCUGUGAAAAAGCUUGAAAAGCAGGUUUUUAUUUUUAACUCCAAUUUUUAAUUUAGAUGUUGUGGUUUUAGCAACAAGCACUGCAGGCUUACGCUGGAAUACCUGCUGCAUGUCUGGCAGUCAUCAGUAUUUAUUUACAGCCCCUGUAUGAUGGCAAAAACCUCCCAAAUCAGCAAUUGUAUGAAAUGUGGUUAUUUGGGGGGUUUUCGGAGCCACAGAAAACUUUGAAUCUUGGAGCCAUUGUAGCUCAGAAAGACUGAGUGAUUGUUUUAGAGGUUAUGGGCCGCUACUGGUCAGCUUGGGGCGUCUUUCUUAGAAUUUUCCUGCUGGUUUCUGGUUUUAAUUCAAAUUUAGUUUUAACGAAACGGUGCCCGUGCCUUUUAACUGCUGCCACUUUUUUU